ACACACACACACACCAAUAAGCUUUCAGCUGUGUAAGUGCGUGUCAGUGGAGUUACACAAGCUACCAGAAGUGUGUGAGACUAAAGUUUAAAUCUGAGAUAUUUUCGUUUUAAAUCGUUGAAUGUUUUUCGGCAAUAUUUUGCUUGAAUAGAAUAGAAAUAGUAGUUUUGAAUAAGUGUUUUAAAGACUGAUGGGACUCAAACAGAGCAGUCCAGCCGCGGGGGUUCGGGUCAGGAGUUACUCUAGCUCGGAUGCGGCCAUCGGGUCCGGUCGGGCUACGGUUCUGCGCUAUUACGCGGGAGGUCCGACUGGAGAGAUCCGGUAUUCAUCAGACAGAUCCGAGUCAUUUAUCCAGAGCAGCAUGAUACCGAGCGGGGGCCGGAGAUCUGAGACAGACGGACAGAGAGAACUUCUGAUCGGAUCUUUACCUGCACACCUGUCACCUCACCUGCUGGCCGCUGGAUUUCAUUGUCCUGCGUGCAUGAAGUUUGUGUGCUCUGAUGAAAUAGACAUUCAUUUGCAAAUGUGUUUCUCCAAACCCAGACUCAAUUAUAACGAGGACGUUUUGUCCCAGGACCGUGGUGAAUGUUCGAUAUGCCUGGAUGACAUGGUUCAGGGUGACACAAUCGCACGCCUGCCCUGCCUCUGCAUCUAUCACAAAGAGUGUAUCGAUGAAUGGUUCGAGAUCAACAGGUCGUGUCCAGAACAUCCUACUGAUUAACUCAGGAUAGAUUAGAAAAGUAAAGGGACCCUGCCUUCAAUACCUGCAGAAAAGCACCUCUCUGCAUCAGGAGCAUUGAGACUAAACAAUGACUCCAUCACCAUCCGAGACCUGCAUGGACCCUGCUGUCAAAUCUAAAUGAAAGCAUAUAUACUUCAUAGUUGUGUUUGCAGACCUGAAGGCUGGUAAAUGUUACUUUAGUUGUCAAAUGUAUCCAUGAUUAUCUCUGGAGGCCAGGGAUCUAAUUUAUAAAACUGUGCGUAGGAUCCUUACUAAAAGUCUACGUACGCACAAAAGCCAAAAAAUAUUAAGACUUAUAAAAUAAAGCAAGGAUCCCUUUCUAAAUCACAGAUCACCUGCAAGUGUGCGUACAUGAAUCAUCUGCGAGCCCAUUCUCCCGUCAAGUUUCUUUUUUUAUAGAUCACAACCUUUGCAUGGGAACUAGCGUACGCACGUUUCCAGUCCCGUUUUAUGCGUACAGACGCUUUAUAAAUGAGACCCCUGGUCUGUAGUAUAACUACUUAACAUGCAAGUUUUAUGUUUGAUAAAAUGGGGUAUAUUUUAAAAUGCUUUCUACCCAAGGAUGACUUUUUAGCUGUAUAUAUGCACCAAAGCAAUGAUGUGAAUAUAGGGGAUUAUGAUCUUGAGAAAUUUGUUUAUAUGUAUACUUUUUUUUUAACUUGAGAAAAUCUCAGGAUUGAGGCCUGUGCUUUAGUCAAAGGCGAUGAGUAUUUGUGAGUGUUUGAAGUUAUAUCUUAUAGAUUUUGAAGAUAUCUCACAAGUGCUCUUUGUCUAAUGUGCUGCUAUGUAUAGAACCUGUAAACGUGAAAAUUUUAAUGUUUUUGUUUUUUGCUUUAAAAACAUCUCUAGUAUAUUUUAAAGCAACACUAAAGAGUUUUUUUAACCUUAAAAUAAUGUUUCCAAAAAAGUUUGUCGUUCAUGCACUCGAAACAGGGUUAACGGCACUUUCACAUUCGCUUUGCAGCCCUCUAUCGGCCAAAACCGCACUAAAGAAGUUUCCAACCGUCGGGUCGUGGUCCUGUAGUUCGAGUAAAAACUACAAAAACUUGCUUUACGGCAGAACCGCAAUACAAUCAGAGCCAGCUUUGCUGCAGUAGGCUAAAUUAUUUACGACAGUGGUAAUGGACAAUUCCGCUUCCAACCUGUAGGGGGAGCAAAGAGCAAAAACUCUUUAGUGUUGCUUUAAUGGUUUGUGCCUGGAUGAUCAAACUAUUUCAGGCCACUAUCUAAAGCUACACUAGACUCUUUGGGAAAGUUUCCCGGACAGGGCUUAUCCUAUAGUGCCAGAUUAAAAUGAAUGUUUAAGAUGCCUUAAUAUAAAAAUAACCUUGCACUGACAUCUCAUAACAUAUAUUAAUGCAAUGUUUUGUCUCAAGAUGCACACCAGUAUUGUUUAUUUGUAAGGUUUGGAUUAAAAUGUCCUAAUAUAACUCAGGCCUUGUCCUGGAUUAGUCCUUAAAAGCCUGUCUGGGAAACUGCCCAUUAAUCUUUAAACACUUUCUCUUGCCUACCUGUACAAACACAGCAGAAUCAUCUGGAUGAUAUGAACAUUACAUUAUCAUAAACAUUGCUCUUGUAUUCUGUUUUCUUUAUUAUGUAUAUAACAGCUUUUUCUGCAAAGUCUUGUGUCCGGUUGCAUAAAAAAAUCACUAAGAUUGUCUUCAACACUAGUGAGACCAACUAGUAUCUACUUAGGGCUAAUUACUUGUACUUUUUUGGAUUAAAAUUAGACCAGUCUACAUUUUGAUGUAACCGUCUCAAAAAGUUAUAAUCAGUGUUGAAGAAAAAUAGAUGACUAACUUGUAAGACUAGUCUAAGCAGUUAUGCAACUGAUCACUAGUCUUCUGAUAACAUGCAUUGCAUUUAUAUGAGAGUAAAGAGAUGACAAGA